GGAUGAGCGUAGCUGCGCUUCAGACUAACCGCCGCCGUUGCUGCUGCUGCUGCUGCUGCUCAUAGAGGAUCAUACCUUUUGGAAAAACUGCAAGUCGGAUAGACAAGACCAGUCUCUCCAACUUGCUAACCGAGUCUUUGACAUUCUCCCACGUAAAAAGGUCUGUGGGGCAGAUGGAAAGAGUGGAAGAAGGGGUGGAAUAUUGAGAAGGACCAGAAUACCUGAAGAGUAUAUCAUUCUAAAGAAACCAACAAGGUCAGGUGACUAUGGUUUUGCCACUACUCUCAGCACUUUAUGGGGGUCCUCUCACUGCCUGAACCAUCCAGAAGAAUUAUGGAACAAAAUAAGAUCUGAGCCAAUGGGGUCUCCUGAAGGAUACUGUUCUCUAAUACUGGAAUGAAGUGACAAGAGAUGGCAGCUGGACCAUACACACAACCCUAGGAUCCUUGACCUGGAGAGAACCUUUUGAUCUGAGGACCCGAGUAUCAGAAUGAUCCACUUUUCUUUGAAAUCCAUUGCUAAUGAGUUACAAAAAACAGAACAAAGAUAUUGUGAAAGAUAACUAAGCAUUUUAGUGAGAAUCAGUUCCAAUAGUUUGGAGAUAGCCUUGGGUAUCUCACUAUGGGUUUCUGUAAGAUUUGAACCUUGUCAUACCAGGUAAAACCCACAUUGUCCUUGACAAUUAUACAAAUGCCAUUUCAAUGGUUAUCGGUAUCAUGAUCUUCUCAAAGGACCCGAUCCAUUAAAUGAUUUCUCAAAUUAAUGUAUUGGAAUCAAGUAAAUUACCACCUAUGGAUUGAAAGUGUCAAUUUUAAUUCUCAGGGAGGUUUUUUUAAAUCAAUGUCAGGCCCACUCCCUUCACCACAACACUUGUGGGAAAGAUUGAAGCUGCCUUAGAACAUAUGGGAAAGUUUGUCUUGGAAAUCUUGAAUGCAGUUUUCCCUUGUACCGUAACAAAACACAUCUCUGUUACCCGAAUGGAUUUGAUACCAGUGUAGACGGACAGGUGAGAUAAGUCAGGGAAAAACCCGAUGGAGAAGAUUACAUGGGAAAGAUAAGGCCGGUUCAACAUGAUUUGCCAAGUUUCUUCUGCACAGAGAAAAAACCUUCUGUAGCCUGUCUAAAUUCAAUGAGUCAUGAUGUGCCAUGGCAUGCCCUGCGUCCUGAGGUGGAACUAUUUAAGACAAUAGAACUAUUUAAGACAAUAGAAUACUUAAGAAUCUUGUGGAUUAAUUCAAGUGUCCUAGAACAGAGAUUUUGGUUGGCCUCUGGGUUUAAUUUCUUCAACAUUGCCGGUUUGAGGACUCUUUUCACCUCUUUGGAAAUCCCCGUCACAUGUAGAGCCAAGCAGGAUUUUCCAAAAUGGCUCCCUCUUGGAGACUGGGAGCAUGUAGCCUGUUGACGGCCCUUUGGCUUUUGCAUUGCUGUAGUUGUGGAUGGUCGGAGAGGACUAGUGGCAUGGCCAAGGGAGAAACUAAGGAGCAGCAGCUCAUGUCCCAUGAACGAGUGAAGAGGGGAUGGGUGUGGAACCAGUUCUUUGUGGUGGAGGAGUACACAGGCACAGAACCUCUCUACGUUGGAAAGAUCCACACGGAUUCGGACGAGGGCGAGGGGAACAUCAAGUACACCAUCUCCGGGGAAGGAGCGGGCACUAUCUUCAUCAUCGACGAGCUGACGGGCGACAUCCACGCCACCGAGCGAUUGGACCGUGAGGAGCAGAGCUACUACACCCUCAGAGCUCAGGCCCGGGACCGACUCACCAACCACCUGCUGGAAUCCGAGUCAGAGUUCAUCAUCAAGGUCCAGGAUAUCAACGACAGUGAACCCAAGUUCCUGGAAGGGCCAUAUAUUGGGAGUGUGGCGGAGCUUUCACAAAUGGGAACAUCAGUGAUGAAGGUCACUGCAUGGGAUGCAGAUGACCCUACGUACGGGAGCAGUGCCAGGGUGGUGUACAGUGUGCUGGACAGAGAGAGCUUCUUUACCGUGGACAGACAGACUGGACUGAUUCGGACGGCUGUGGCCGAUCUGGACCGGGAGACGCAGGAUCGCUACGAGCUGGUCGUCAUGGCAACCGACAUGGCAGGGCAAAUGGGCGGUCUUUCCGGCUCCACCACGGUGACCAUAGUGAUCACAGAUGUUAAUGACAACCCACCACGCUUUCCGCAGAAGAUGUACCAGUUUUCGGUGUCUGAGGGGGCGGCCGUGGGGACGCCGGUGGGGAGGGUGAUCGCCACAGAUGCAGACAUGGGGGAGAACACGGACAUGAGCUACCUGAUCAAAGACGAGGAGGGCGGGGAACUCUUCAAGGUUACCACCGACGGAGACACGCAGGAAGCUGUCAUCACUAUCAAAAAGCCACUGGACUUCGAGAGCAAGCGUACACACAACGUGGUGGUGGAGGCUGUCAACAAGCACGUGGAUCCCCGAUUUUUGGAGCUUGGCUCUUUCCGCGACCAGACAAUCGUGCGGGUCAGCGUAACUGAUGCAGACGAGCCGCCUGUCUUCCUCCCUGCUGAGGGGGCCAUCAUGGAGGUCCAGGAGGAUGCCAGGCUAGGUGCACUGGUGGGCACAGCUACCGCCAAGGACCCGGACAAGGAGAACGCACCUGUCAGGUUCUCCAUUGACCGAAGUACAGACCAGGAGCAGAUUUUCCACAUUGAUCCAGUAUCGGGCGCCAUCACCCUGGGCAAGAUUCUGGACCGAGAGACGGCUGGCUGGCACAACAUCACUGUGACAGCAGUGGAAGCAGAUAAUGUAUCCCAGAUAUCCCAUUCGUCAGUGAGCAUUCGUAUCCUGGACGUGAACGAUAACCCUCCUGAACUGGCCAGACCUUACGAGGCGUCCAUCUGUGAGGACGCUAAGCCGGGUCAGCUCAUUCACACCAUCAGCGUGGUGGAUAGGGACGAGCCGCAGUCGGGCCAACGCUUCUCCUUCACCCUGGCUCCGGAGGCCACCAACAACCGCCACUUCACCCUGUGGGAUGUCAAAGACAACACUGUAGGGAUCCGGACCCAGCGCUCGGGCUUCAACCGCCACGAGCAGAACGUCUACCUGCUGCCUAUCCUGGUGGUGGAUACCGGGCCUCCUGCUCUGAGCUCCACGGGCACCCUGACCAUCCACGUGUGUGGCUGUGACCCGGAGGGCGCCAUCCAGUCCUGCAAUGCCACCGCCUACGUCAUUAGCGCCUCACUCAGUCCCGGGGCCCUCAUAGCUCUACUGGUCUGCAUGCUCAUACUCAUAGUCCUGGUGCUGCUAAUCCUAACCCUGAAGCGCCACCGCAAGGGCCAGCGUAUGUCAGAGGACGAGGAGGACAUGCGCGACAACGUCAUCAAGUACAACGACGAGGGCGGCGGCGAGCAGGACACGCAGGCCUAUGACAUGAGUGCCCUGCGCAACCUCUAUGACUUCCCCGAGGCCAAGAGUGGAUCUUCUGAGUCAGGCCCUGAUCUGCAUGCACUGCCCCAGUGGAUCCAGGGGCGGGUGAGCGGCGAUGGCGGGGCAGCCGACUUCUCCCUCUUCAAGGGCUACAUCCGCAAGAAGGUGGAGCAGGCGGAUGCCGACCUGUCAGUGCCGCCCUACGACUCGUUCCAGACCUACGCCUUUGAAGGCACCAGCUCGCCGGCCCUCUCUCUCAGCUCUAUCCACACCCUGUCCACUACGUCCGAGCAGGAUUUCUCCUACCUCAGCGACUGGGGGCCACGUUUCAGGCAGCUGGCGGGCUACUACGCCCCGGGACAUCCUGAGGAAGAGGGCUCCUAGCAGUGUCCUCAGCCCAGACCUUUGCCUUCUCCUCCUCUGUCCCCAGCACCGUAUCAAGGGAGCCCAGUGUCAACACUGUCCUAUAAAGCCCUCCUCCAUCAUCUCCACAGCAACAGAACUGAAGCCCAGUUGAUGUGUUGGAAAUCGAUUAGGUUAAAAAAUCUUUCUUACUUUGAAUCUUUAAGUUUGACGUUUUUCAAAGCAAAAGAAUGUUUUCAAAGGUUUUGAAACUCCAGGGUGAAAGGUGGGCUGUUUAAAUGAGGGAUAAAAGCAGGUGUUAUCCAUUCACUUUUCCCUUAAUUCCAAUAAGGAAGAGAGGAGUAUGACGUAAUAGAAUAUAAGUGGGGCGCCACAGGUUACAAUACCAUUACCUUUCAAAUUAGUUUCUGUGUAUGUUCUGUCUGGAAUUUAAGACUGGGUUAAUUUUUAGCUGUGUGAGUGGACGUUCUGAGGACAUUCCGAGAAAUAUGAACAUUAUGAAACAGCAGGGGGUCAAGUAAUUUUUUUUCAAGACAAGGCAAACUAUCUGAUAUGUAUUUAUUUAAGAAAAUAUUUACAAUAUGUAUUUAUUCCUUUGUAUUUAUUUAUUUAUUUUGUCCAUAAUCACCGCACCACUUGUAACAAUGGACAUCAGUGAAGAAUGAUACAGAAAGAAAGAAGAAAAGUUUAUUAUGGUGAGAACCUGAGGAGAGAAGAGCUUCUACAGAAGCACUUAGCAUAGAUAGGACUUUACAUACUGCUUUCACAAAGGUGAUAUUUGGGUCACAGACAACUACAGUAUUGGAAAUAUUUGUAUUUAUUUUUCAGGAACACUUUUGUAAAAUAAACAACUGAAGACAGAGCACGACAGAAAAGAAAAGAGUGAGAGAACAAAGGAUGAGACAAUUCAGUGCACAGAUUGGUUUUGUGUUGACAUACUUUCACUGUAUUGUGAAGAUUUGUAAGGGGUUAUGAAGGUUGUGGGACAUUAUGUGAUAACCGGGUUUUUGCUUUUCUUUUUCAGCGCCAUUUAAAAGGCUAUAAGGCACAAUCCACACGAGUGAUCCAGGACUAUAUGAAAUGACUGUUGGUUUCAUGAAUUUGGCUAUAAGCUAACUCUUCCUGAGGAGUUCAUUUUCAUUCCAGUAUUUGUAUGUGUGUAAUAUGCGAACAACUUGUUUUAUAUUCUGAAAGAUUUGAUCGCUUUUGUUCUUUUGGGUCUAUUUUAGAAGAUGGAUGGAUAUGUGAAGGGGUGACAGGUGCGGAGAUGGAGUUCCUCUACCCACCAUCCAGAACCUAUUUAAUGUUGACCUUAAACUUGCAAAUGUAUGGGAAAUAAAAAUCAAUAAAUAUUU